CUAGGCGUCAGUGGCUGAUAUUUGACACGUAGUCAAGUAUCUGAGUUUCCCCAUGCUGGUAGUCACUACUCUGGCCUAGAUUUGUCUCUUCAGAGCCAGUGUCCAGUAAUCAGAGGGAGCCUUAUCGUUGCUGUGUCUCCGUUAGACCACUAAUUGCGUCCUCGCUGUCCCCCCGAGCACCCUUAUGCCCACAUUUCGCUACUGUCGGUGUAGAUUGCUUAGUAUCCGGGCUCGCCUUUAGUCGGUCCUCGUCGUAGGACGCCUUUUUAGUCGACUGCAAUCUCCCUACAAGCGCAACAAACGCACAAAGACUAUGGCAUGGUUAGAUCUCUCAUUCAAAAGAUAGCAUCGAUCUCCCAUUCACUGAAGAGCAUUGAUUGCACGUUCACGGAAUAGAAUUAAUCUCACUUUGAUUAUCAUCUGCACCCACUCGAAAGCAGGUGCGGUGUGGCCAAUAGCCUCCGAGCUUCACAGCAUUGGCAUCGCAAAACCUCCUCCGUGGUGGUACCACUAUCCAACGCCCAGAUACCUCGGUGUGUCUCAGCCGGGUGCUCCUUAAAACCGUCCGUUACUUCUUGACUACCUGCUCACCAGGGUGAACAACGAAAUGGCUCGGCCGGUGUUUGAUUCCAAGUACCCCGCGAGCCACGUGCCUCGGCAGCUGCAGGCGGCGCUGGUGGUGUCGGUGGUGGUGAUGCUCGCCGUGCUCACCAUGCACAAUGCGAACAUGACCGCGCGCUCGUACGCGAUACAAGAGGACUUGAAUCGAACUGCCGCUUUUGAGGAGCUCCUCGACAGACGCUUCCAGGAGAUUUCCGUCUUGUUUCAGGAGAGCAUCGCGAAAUCCAACACCGCACACACCGAUCUCGACCCCAUCGGCAGCACCACCACGACCACGACCAGCAGCGCCAUCCCAACCAACGCCAACAGCAUCCUGCGCCUGUCCCACACGGGCCCGCGGCGCCUGUGCACGUACACAGAGAGCGAGCUGCGGGGCAUUCUCUCCCUGCGGCACUGCUGUGGGUGGAAGUGCAACCGGUACUUCUACGGGGGCGCGUGGAUCGACUGGAAGGCGCUGGACGAGGAGUUCCAGAAGGGGCAUGCGCGGGUGAGGGAGGAGGAGGAAGCGGAGUGCGUGCUGGCGUGCAAGCAGCACGAGAACCUGGGGUGUAGUAAGGAGCAGCCGUGCGUUAAUGGGUACUACCUGCGGCGCAACACCACUGACACACUGGUGGUGCGGCAGGCGUACGAGUGGGGCGAGCAGAACUUCCUCAAGCCAUACUUCCAGUUUGACUCCAUUCUUGAUGCCGGGGCCAACAUUGGGCUCACCUCCGUGCUCUUUGCCACCAUGUACCCCAAGGCGACCAUCGUCAGCGUGGAGGCCUCUUCCCGGAACUUCCGCUCUCUGAAGCUCAACACGCAGCCCUUCCCCAACAUCAUCGCCGUCAACGCCGCCCUCUGGCCGCGCGUGGCUUCGCUGUCGCUCACUCUGGGUCACCGCAACCCGGAGCUGCCUCCCGAGUGGGCCUUCAUGGUCAAAGAAACGCGAGAUCUCGAACCAGGCCAAGUGGUGGAGGAUUCCCUUCUUGGCGUCACCGUGCCCUUCCUCCUCAAAGUAUUUGGGCUGCCCGGAUUCGACUUCCUCAAGAUCGACAUCGAGGGCAGCGAGGGCGAAAUUUUCCGCGAGGACCGGGAGGCAGACCUGGGGUGGGUGAACCAAUCGAAACUGGCGGCGCUGGAGCUGCAUGGGGACAUGGUGCCGGGGUCGAAUGUGACUGUAUUGAACUUCUUCAACAGCCGCAGCAACUUCCACCACAAGAAGGACUGGUCGGGCGAGUACGAGGUGUUCAUGCGCAACGAUGCCAACCUUUCCUAGAGAGCCAUGCGCAAUUGCAAUUCCCAUCCACUCCCAUCGGAAGGACUGGUCGGGGGAGUACGAGGUGUUCAUGCGCAACGACGCCAACCUCUCCUAGGGAGACAUGCGCAAUGAUGCUCGCCUAGUAGGGAUCUACCAUAGUGCAUGUGCAAUCACAGUAUUCUUUGGUAUGGUAGCGGAUGGGGGCAACCAGCAGAAGGGGGUUGCAGAAGGGAGCAACAGAAGGGGAAAGCCCCCCAUUGGGAAUACCGGUAGCAGUGUGGGGGCCGGGAAACGCACCUGGGGUGGGUGAACCACUCGCAGCUGGCGGCGCUGGAGCUGCAUGGGGACAUGGUGCCGCGGUCGAAUGUGACUCUACUGAGAAUUUCAACAGCCGCGGCAACUUCCAUCGUUGGAGUGCGAGGUGUUCAUGCGCAAUGAUUCCAAUCUCUAUUAGAGAGCCAUGCGCAGCUACCCUUCCCUUUUCAAGAGCCAUGCACAACGAUGCCAAUCUCUCAAUAGUGCAAGAGCAAGGGACUGGUCGAGGGAGUGGUAUGGUACGGUAUGAGGUCUUCAUUUCAUGAGCAAUGACACCAACCUCUCGUAGGGCACAAGAAACAAAGCUUAUCUCUCAUAGGGCAUAAGCAACAAUGAUACCGGUAAACUCUCAUAAAUCAUGCCGCAUGGGCGAAUGAAUGACGCUUAGCUCUCUU